GAGUGAUGGCACGUUGACAGAUCAGCCAGCAGGCUACACGAAAACAAGCUAAUACUCCAAUUUCCCCGCCAAUAUUCCGAAGAGGAUGCACCCAUUCCACGAGAGCACAUUCAGCUCAUAAACAACUCCGUGAUGAAUUUGUAGGCACCACAACACCAGAGCGCGCUGAGCCCGGUAUACGCACAGGCAUCCAUGCAUGCAGGCGAUAUCUAUAGUUUUUCAUUUUGGCGCGUGAAUACAAGGAAACGACGUUGCUUCGGAAGUAGAAUACAUGCGCUGAUACGAUACGAUAGCUUGAUAGGCAAAAAUCUGCAGACGACACUGGACAAUUUAUUGAAAAUGAUCAUCGAGAGCGCUAGCUGUUACAAUUUGUACACUCAUGAUUUGAUUUGUUUGUUUUAAUUUGUUUUUUCCCGUAAAGAAAGCUCCCAUACUCGUCACGGGAGAGUGUCAUCGACCGGCUUACCAUCCACAAGUUUACUGAACUAGUGUGUUUUUGAGGAGCUAAAAUAUACCGAGGGGAAAACCACAACAAUUGGACCUAGAGAUUAUCGCGGAAAUCGUGCUGGAAUUUCACCGCGUAUAAUACGAUAUUGCUUCGUGCCCAGCUAUAAGCAGACAUUAAUUAACACUUUGGAGCUUGGUUCUCUAUAAUAUAAAACUAUUUAGCUUGAGUAAUCAAAUACGGUGAUUAUUGUAACAAAUAUAACUUAAAGGAAAUGCUUUUGAAUUUGUCAAAGGGAUCACUCGAAUAUCUGUAGAGGAAUACUCGGCAUCCGUGUUCAAAGAUUCCAGAAACCACCCGCAACAAAACUCAACGUACACGAAUCAUAAAGGAAGUCAGCAUAGACCUACGCUCAAAAUAGGAAUAUAAAACUUGGAUUCAUACAUCGAAGGUUAAGCCCCUCGAAAGCGAAAUAAAUGACAUCAUCAUCUCGUUCAUCAUUAUUAUAAUAAAGCAUCGUGGUAAUCUCCUAACGACAUAUUGCGAGGUUGUGCUUUCAUCGGGACACUCGUAACGCCCCAUUGCAGAGAGGGACUUGAGGAAAACAAAUAGGACAUCGAGAGCCUGAAAGUGAUAGCAUAACUUGCAUUCCCAGCCAGAUAUUAAAGCUACACAUCAGCUUUUGUUGAUACGUCACUUGUUUUUCCCGUGGAAUAUAUACCGCGUGCAAUAUAAACCCUAGCCAUGUCAGCCCAAGUGAGCGGAAACGAGAAGUCUCUGAAGGGCGUCUUUCAGAAGUAUGCUGUCUUCGGCCGUCCUGGACAGACCAAAGACAUCACCAGUAAGAACUUCUCCAAGAUGAUGAAGGAAUGUGACAUCAUGGACAAGAAGGUCAACCAAACCGAAAUCGACAUCAUCUUCCAAAGAGCCAAGGCCAGCCCUAAACUGAAAGUGUUGACGUACGAGAAGUUCCUGACUAGUCUUAAAAUGAUUGCCAAGUCCAAGUAUGGAACGGACGAGGAAGAGAACUUCGGAAAGAUCAAAAAUCAAAUCAGGUCGUCCUCGGGACCAAGUACAGCAGGCACAACGAGUACAUCGACGACGGGGAAGGUGGACCACUUCACGGACGUCACCAAGUACACGGGACAGCAUCGGGAACGCUUCGAGAAGGACGGCACUGGGAAAGGAAAGGCGGGCCGGGAAUAUUUGGUGGAAGAGUCAGGCUACGUCACAGGCUACAAAGGAAAGGACUCUUUCGAUGGAAAAGAGUAAAACCUUUCUGCCCCCUCUCCCCUGUAUCGUCACAAUAUGGUUUCUUUGUAGUCUUCUCCUUUGUCUUCUUCCAAUGAUUAUGAAAAGCUUUAAGAGUGUCGAUCUUUUUGGUUUGCCAGGACCAGGGGCGGACGCGGACUAGUCAUGGGAAGUUUGUUGAGUUUUCCUUAUGCCAUGGGCACCUUGAUAUUGGGCUUGAGGGUUGGUCGAUUCGCGGUCUGAAGACCGGUUGAUAUGUUUAUAGAGGUUGAGUGGGCCGAAAUUUUCAAACCGAAUUUUAGUCCUGGGUUCGUGGGCUCUUUGUGACCAAGCUUUAUAAGAGAAGACAAAAAUAUGCUACGAUUAACAUAGACCGAGAACCGUUUGUGUAUUUUUAUGUUUCUAAGUAUAGGUUUUUAGAUGACAUUAUUCAAUGACAAUGUAUUUUCAGUCGAUAUGUAUUAAGACAUUGGAAUGUUUAUAAGUCAAUUUUAGAAAGUGUACAGUAUUAUUGGGUGCUAAACGUACAUAGAACGUUGUUUUAUCUGAAGAAGUAAUGUAUGUGUUUAUAUCAAUCUGUCUUUCAAGCAUCAUACAUUUCUCAUUCACUUAAUGAUGGUGCUCACUUAAAAAUCAUUCUUAUCGUCAAGAACUUCGCAACUUUCUUAUUUUUUAUCCGAUUUAUCUCAAAAAUUCACAAAAUAAAUUUCUCUGUUUCUGCUGCUCAAUAGUACACUUAAUACAAACUUAUUUGACAUUAACUUUCAAUGGGUGGCUACUUCUGGUAAAAGUUUAACCCCGAUAGGCGUAUAUACGAGCCAGGGGCGUGAUAUUUGAGCUAAGAGGGCUGCAGCCCCCCCCCCCCCAUUUUGAUACAUUUAUUACAGAUAAUCGCCAAUAAUCGCGAUAUUAGUCAGCCAAUUAUCACCUCGUAUUUUGAAAACAAAAUUUUCUAUCUGUAUUUUUAUAAAAUGUUUAGUAUAUCUUUAUGACAAGAUUGUUAUUCUCAUUAUGGAAAAUGCAUAACAAUUUUUGGUUGCUUGCAAAAUGUUGAAACUCGGGGGGAGGGAGAGACCACAGUCGCCUGGUGAUUUUGUGCCUGUAAACUUAUGCUUCUUCCUCAGUCAGCCAUUAUGACGUUCAUAAAAGUGUAUCAAACCUGCAUUUUCUAUGACAUGGAUGCUAAAACAAUCAAAACAUUCGCCUUUGGGUCAAACUGAAAAACAUACCGUCAGCUGUAUCAUUUUUUUUAUUGGGAGGGGGGGGGGGGGUUGUCCCAAGAAGACUCUGUGAUAAUCUAAAAAUCAGGUAUUAAUAAGUGCACCGAAAAUCCCUCUCCAUUAUUGAUGUAUCAGACGGUGCUUUUCCAGAUGUAUAUUUGGGGGAUUAUUGAGCUGAAAUGUAAUUUAAACCAACCAUGUUAUGAAUAUUAAAGCUGCAUGUCUGUCCCUAUAUGUCAAUAUAAUUAUGUACCAGUAGAUUUUACCAGGAUGUAAUUUAUAUAGAUGUGUAAAAUCAGAUUAAAUAUAUACCAGUAACUUUUCAGAAUAGGUUAUUGAUAUAUACUUGAAAAUCUUGUUUAUGUUCAUAUAAGUAGCGUCUUUGUGAGGAGAGUAUAAUAGUAGACACUGCAAUGUAAAUAUGAAAUAAAUGCAUGUAGACUUUCUACAUUUUAACAAAGGAAA